AUGAAUUAUGUAGACUCUCAGGCAGUAUCACCUCAACAAGGGAUUCAGAACAUUCUUGAGAAAUAUCAGUCAGUUUUCAAAGAAGAUCUUGGUACUUUGAAGAAUAUAAAGGCCAAAUUCUCCCUAAAACCUGAUGCAAAGCCAAAGUUUUGUAAGGCUCGACCUGUGCCACAUUCACUUAAACCAGCAGUGGAUAAUGAGCUAGAUAGACUUCUCAGCUUAGGAAUCCUGGAACCAGUGGAGCAUAGCGAGUGGGCUACUCCCAUAGUCGUGGUGCCAAAGAAGGACAACACUGUUCGGAUAUGUGGUGACUUUAAAGUAACGUUGAAUCAGUGUAUCAAUGUAGACCAGUACCCGCUUCCUCGGGUAGAUGAAAUAUUCUCAAACCUUGCAGGAGGAAAACACUUCAAACUGGAUCUUAAAAAUGCAUACCUGCAAAUGGAAAUUGAAGAGGAUCACCAGAAAUACCUCACCAUCAAUACUCACAGAGGAUUGUUCCGUUUUAACAGGCUCAUGUAUGGAGUGACAUCUGCACCAGCAGUAUGGCAGAGGGCCAUGGAUCAGGUACUGCAGGGGAUCAAUGGAACACAUUGCAUGAUUGACGACAUGAUAAUAACUAGUUCGACGACUGAGGAGCAUCUGGGCAAUUUAGAAAAAGUUUUGUCCAGACUGCAGAACUUCAACCUGAGAGCAAAUAUCAAAAAAUGUGACAUAUUUAAAGACAGUGUAGAAUUUUGUGGUCACAAAUCGACAAAGAUGGCUUACAUAAAACAGAAGAGAAGGUGA